AUGACAACUGUGCUCGAAACCUGCCGUAUUCCACCGCCACAAGGCGGCGCCGCCGAGCUGUUCCUGCCGCUCUCCUUCUUCGACAUGAUGUGGCUACAUUUCAAUACGACCCGCCGCCUCAUCUUUUACAGACAUCCAUGUUCCGAAGUUGAAUUCUCCAACACCAUUGUUCCAAACCUCAAACACACUCUCUCUUUAACUCUCCAACACUAUCUCCCCGUAGCCGGAAAUCUCCUCUACCCUCUCCACACCGACGCCUCGAAGCCUGUUUACCGUUACAUCUCUGGCGACUCCGUCUCCCUCACGAUCGCUGUCUCCGGCCUCGAUUUCGAAGAGCUCGUCGCAAAUCACGCUAGAGAAUCGGAUCAGUUCUAUGACCUCCUUCCUCGGACGCCGAAAAUGGCUGAGGAAGAAAAUUACCAAAUUGUCCCUCUGAUCUCUCUGCAGGUGACUCUCUUUCCCGGCCGGGGAAUCUGCGUUGGUUUGAGCAAUCACCAUAGCCUCAGUGACGGGAGAUCAAUCUUAGGAUUCAUGAAGGCGUGGGCUAUGAUCAGCAAAUCCGGCGAUGAUGAGGUGUUUGUUUCUAGAAACGGCGAAUAUAUGCCGUUUUUUGAGAGAACAGUUUGCAAAGAUUCUAGAAGACUUAAUGGAAUAUUCUGGGAUGUGAUGAAGAAGAUUCCUUUCCAGCCGGCGGCGACGCAUCCAUUGCCGACUAAUAGAGUGAGAGCUUCGUUCAUCCUCCACCAAUCCAACAUAAAAACGCUCAAGAAUCUGAUCUUGUCUGCGAGGCCAAACAUAGAUCGAGUCUCCACUUUUGUGGUUGCGGCGGCGUAUGUCUGGACUACCUUGGCGAAAUCCUUGGGUCCGGCUGGAGAUGAAGAUGAGGUUUUCAUCUUUGGGGCUGACGCCCGGGGCAGGCGGAACGCGCUGUUCGAUCCACCAUUGGCGGUGAAUUACUUCGGCAAUUGCUUAGGUGGCAGGGUGGUGAGAGUCGAGCAUCGGAAGUUGGUGGCGGAGGAUGGAUUUGUUGUAGCAGCGGAGGCUAUUGGUGAUGAGAUGAAGGCGAAAAUCUACGACGGGGAUGAGUUUCUAAAAAGCCCGGAGAAUCUGUUGACGGAGAUGGCGAAAUGUAAGGAUAUUAGGGCUUUGGGGAUAACUGGUUCCCCGAAGUUGGAUUUCACGGAGGCGGAUUUCGGAUGGGGGGAGGCGGAGAAGGUGGAGUUUCUGUCGUUGGACGGUGCAGGAUAUUUGAUGUCGUUGUUUAACUCGCGCGACGGAGAUUUGGCCGUCGGUAUGUCGUUGACCAAGGAGGAGAUGGAGACUUUUGCUUCUAUGUUUGCAAUUGGUCUCUAUAUGUGA